AUGACAGAGUAUAAGCGAGCCAUGUUUCAAGAGGACGAAGUGCUGGAUGCCACGGGGGAUGGGAGCAACACAUCUCCGGACAGCGUAGAGGUGGGCUUCCGGAAAGGGGAUGGCCUCCUGCUGAGUCGCCUUGGCUCCCAAAUCCAUCUGAAGUUGGUCUUCUGGGUGAUUUCCCUCUUCGUGGCGGUUCUGCUGCUGAGUACAAUCAUAGCCAUGGCCAUCCAGUACAGUAAAGAUCCCUCGCAUACAACCUGCCUUACCGAAGCCUGCGUCAUUGUAGCUGGUAAGAUCUUGGAAGCUCUGGAUCCAGGUGUCAAGCCCUGCGAUGAUUUUUACCAGUAUGCCUGCGGGGGAUGGAUCAAGAGAAACCCAUUGCCGGACGGGCGCUCCAAGUGGAGUACCUUCAACAGUAUUUGGGACCAGAACCAGGCCAUCAUGAAACACCUGUUGGAAAAUGCCACUUUUAACUCCAGCAGUGAGGCUGAAAGGAAGACCCAGCGCUAUUACUUGUCCUGCCUCAGAGAACAGAAGAUCGAGGAACUGGGGUCUCAGCCACUGAUUGAUCUGAUCGAGAAGAUUGCUGUUUCUGAAGACUUAGGCUUCCAGAUGCUGGAGAAACUGUGGUGCUAA